AUUUGAGUUUGACUAAAGCCAGAAGAUUUCUAGAGCCUGUGGUUUCCUUUCUUUCCCCCUUUUUAAUUAAUGCGACCAGUGAGUCAUGGAGCCCAAAGCCAUUGAGAUCUCGGCCCUAGGGAGGCCCCUAUAUCCAGGCAUGUUGUACGACUGCCGCUGUGAUUCCUUCAUUCCAGGUGUUACUUUAUGGGACAAAGAAUCAUUAAAAAAUGAUUUGGAUGUGCAUGAAAAAGCAAUGACAGAUCUAAAAUUCUGCUUUUCUGACACUCUCCGUGAUAAAACCAGCCUCCUAGAUGUGAGUGCCAAUCUUAAAGCCAGCUUCCUGAGUGGGUUGGUGGAAGUUGGAGGGUCAGCCAAGUACCUGAAUGAAAAAUCCUCAGCACGUCAGUCUCGUGUUACUAUGCGGUACAGCCAGACCACAAGAUUUGAACAACUUACAAUGUCCCAACUAGGCAAAAUUGUAUACCCACAGGUGUUUGAGGAAAAGUCAGCCACUCAUGUCGUUACAGCUGUAUUGUAUGGAGCUCAGGCUUUCCUGGUGUUUGAUCAAACAGCCACAAAGAAUGAGGCCACACAAGCAAUUGAAGGGAACCUAAGUGUAAUGGUCAAGAAAAUUCCAAAAUUUUUCAUUGAAGGAGAAGGAAAUCUGAAGAUGAAUGAGGAAGAAAAGAAAUUGGCUGAAGAAAUCAGCUGUACCUUUCACGGAGACUUUGAGAUUGAGGAGAACCCCACCACAUACAUGGAAGCCCUGCAGUUGUACAAGAAGUUGCCGUCUCUUCUGAAGAACAGGGAGAAUGAUGCUGUACCAGUGAGGGUUUGGCUAUAUCCCCUUGCCCGCUUUGAUACUAAAGCAGCUCGGCUAGAGAGAGAAAUCAGUGUUAUACUGAGUUCUAAAGUAGAAGAUUUGCUGGAUAAACUGGAAAAUGGAGAAAGAACAUGCAGUGACUUAAUUAAAAACACAACAGCAUGUGAUUUCCAGGAUCUGAUGGAGAGGCUGAAGUUAUUUCAAGAAUCCCUCAGUGACUACAAGAUGCUGUUCCUUAAAGCCAUGUGCAGGCUUCUUCCUGCUAUUCGGGGUGGGGAGCAGAAUGACCAGGCACUAACUGAUGUCCUGAUCACCCACAGAAAGUCCCCCUUUACAGCUAACAGACUGAAGAAGUGGUUGGAGAAUGUUCAGAAUGAAGUAAAUCUGCUGGAUUCCUACACCAGGGAACUAAGUGAUUGCCCAGUUGUAACAUCCUCAGGCCUUGACCAAAUUGUCUUUAACCCAAGGGUUGAUACAGUAAUAUGCUUCUCCUUCACCUCUCUGAAUCAAGACCCAUAUCUUUCAUUGCUGGCCAAAUAUCUGAAGGCAGAUGAGUUUGAAAAGCUGUCCGCACUUCCUAAAUCAAAUGGCCAAGACCUCCCAUCAUGGUUCAACAAUCCUGACAUUUAUGAAAGAAUGAAACAUAACCUUUCCCUCUUCAAAGGAUUUUCUGAGGCAAACAAAGAAAAUGAGGAAGUCAGAUUUGUCAUUGCCUCAGUCUCUGACCCCUCCAAUCCUGGCACCUCCAUCCGCCUGUAUAGAAAAGGGAAAAUGGUAGACAGCAAGUUUCAGCCUGUGUCUAAGCCGCCUGCACCCAGUGUGGACGUCCAGAAUGGGAAUGUGGUCCUGAAGCUUCAGGAGUCCCCAACGGGAGUGACACUGCAGUACCGAGUGGAGUACAGAGCUGAUUCAGAUGAUGCUGACAGAUGGGAAAUCAUAGACACUCCAGAUGCACAGGAAACCUUCACACUGACAGGACUGCAGCUAGCACAAAGACACUGGGUUCGUUACAGAGCGGUUAGUGAGGUGGGAGUGAGUGAAACCAGCAAGUCCGUCUUCUUCUCUUACAAAGGGACGCUCAGUGUUCCAGUUGCAAAGUCAUGGAACCAGACCACUUUGUCCCUCUUUAAUGAACUAAGGAAGAAAAUAAUGUCCAGCUUGGGCACCUCUUACUGGAGUUUGUCAACCAUCAAAUCGGAAGUUAGAAAUCUAUCAGACUUGAGUACCAAAACAGUGAACAAAAGCUAUACCGAACCCAUUCCUGGAGGGUUGAAACCGGGACAGGCUUUGUUCUUCCAAGGUGUUGUUCCUUCAGAUUGUGAGAGGUUUGUGAUAGAUCUGAAGACUGGGACAAACGAUGAUGGUAACAUUGCCUUCCACUUUAGCGCAUGCAUGUCCCAUGUAUGCUGCGACACCUUCAGGAACAGAGCAUGGGAGAAGCAGUACAAUACUGCCUGGAGUCCAUUUGCCAAAGGAGCAGCCUUUGAUAUGUUCAUGGUUAUUAAACAAGAAGGCUAUGAGGUAAUUGUGAAUGGCCAGGUGUUCUGUAUGUUCAACCACCGUAUGCCACUGGAGAGUGUGUCUAGACUUACAAUCUGGGGAGAUGUCUUCAUGAACACCUUUGGCAUCGUUGAGCACUGGAGUACAUCUACCUUUAGUAAGGAACCAACAUCAGGAAUCUCACGUGGGAAAUUUUCUAACAUCCAGUCAGAAGUGACUUCUCCAGUUUGCAACCCUAGUAAAAACUAUACAGGACCAAUUCCUGGAGGGUUGAAACCGGGACAGGCUUUGUUCUUCCAAGGUGUUGUUCCUGGAGAUUGUGACAGGUUUGUGAUAGAUCUGAAGACUGGGACAAAGGAUGAUGGUAACAUUGCCUUCCACUUUAGCGCAUGCAUGUCCCAUGUAUGCUGCGACACCUUCAGGAACAGAGCAUGGGAGAAGCAGUACAAUACUGCCUGGAGUCCAUUUGCCAAAGGAGCAGCCUUUGAUAUGUUCAUGGUUAUUAAACAAGAAGGCUAUGAGGUAAUUGUGAAUGGCCAGAUGUUCUGUAUGUUCAACCACCGUAUGCCACUGGAGAGUGUGUCUAGACUUACAAUCUGGGGAGAUGUCUUCAUGAACACAUUUGGCAUCAUUGAGGUGGAUGUUGUUAAUCUGAAGGUCACCAUUCCUGCCCAUGUUUGCGGGCACUGAUCAUUCCCAAUGCUGUAAAUCAGAUAAUUAU